AUUUAAGGGGCAAUAUAAAUGAUAAGUCCUUUUCUUGCUUUCUUGUAAUAGCAACUCACAGUCAUAAUGGGCACCGUUGGGAUGGGACGUAAAGGACUUUUUAGUUGCUCCUUAGUUUUCCUCUUUUUGAAAUGUGCGGUUUCUUUUCCCUUGGUUUUAUUUAACCCACCAACAUUAGAUUCUUUUACUCCCACAUUAAGCAUCUAUUACGCCGGUUUCAUAUCUUUGUAACAUGAUCUAGAGCUCUAUUAAAGUAACUAAUGAUGAUGGAUUUUUUUUUGUCAAACGAUAUACACUAUGGAAACUUGAAAUUAGAACAAUACAUCAAUAUACAUAAACGGAAUUAAUUUGGAGAAGAAGCUGAGACAUGCGAAUAAGAACAAAAGGGAAGAUGUUAGGUUAUCAGUAACAUACUUUUGCUGACCAACUUUUCUCCAUCCAUGUUCACAUCACACACACACACACACAAAUACUCUACAAAUAGUUAAAUACUUUUGGAUAUGAGUAUAUAAGCGCGCGUACGUGUGAAUUCACAUGAACAAGGAAAGAAAGUUGCGUACGUGUGGACAUGUGUGAUCGACGUCAACUUUAGAAAUAUGUUUCAGAAUGAAGCAAUAGAUUCAUUCAGGAAAUGUUAUUAGGGUCCCAUUGCCGUUGGAAGUUUUUAUAAUUUUAGACCAGGCCCGGGCAACGACUGUGUAUGGAAAAGGUGUAGUGGCCCAUACACAUUUUGAUAUAUUAAAAAUUAACUAGCAGGGACAACCAUCUUAAGAAAUUAAUAUUGGAGAAAAGAUCCAAUUCAUAUUUAUAAAGAAAAAAAAGUAAAUGGGACCUGUUUUAUUUUGUAGUAUAUAAGCUGAAAGUUAUGCUUGUUAGCAAACGAAUCCAGAUUAUAUUUGAAUUUUUAAAACUUUAGUAUAUCAGUUGGUAAAAAUCAUUGUUAUUGGUGAGAUAUUGGUUUCCUUCUCUCUUUUACUAAAAAAAAAAAUCAUUACAAUGAAAAAUAUAAGGUGGACGUCACAUGGCCUACUUAUCAAGGGUUUAAAAGUUUUUUCACUUAUUUGAAGUCUGAUUAUUAGAGAGUGUAGUUUCUUACGGAUUAUAUGAUGCAAAGCUUAAAAAAAAUUAGAUUGAUGCAAAGAGAUGAAUUAUAAGGUGGACGUCACAUGGCCUACUUAUCAAGGGUUUAAAAGUUUUUACACUUAUUUGAAUCUGAUUAUUAGAGAGUGUAGUUUCUUACAUAUUAUAUGAUGCAAAGCUUAAAAAAAAAUAGAUUUCUGCAAAGAGAUAAAUUCCUUGUGGUCGUGUGAUAUAAAGAGAACAUGUCUAUCGAAAUUUUUUGUAUAUGGAGAACCGUUUCUUAAUCCGAGUGUUGCAAGAAAAGCUAUAUUGUAGAACAUUAUUUGUGAAGUUGUUCAUUAAUAUUGUAUAUGUUACAAGUAGUUUAUCAAUCAUCUGUAAUAGAAAUACAAAUUAUAUAAUAAUGUUUUCAGUGUUAAAAAUGAUAAUAAUAGGUUAUAGGUACAAUGCUCACCUUUGGUGGUUUGCUUGGAUUUAAUUUUUAGUUUCUUAGAAGUUUUUUAAAAACUUUUUUGCGGCCUUUAAGAAUAGAAUGGCUUAACAGCAGAUUCUGGUUCAAUAUUAUUGUAACCAAACAUUCAUUCUAGUAAUGACAUUUACAUUCUUAGCAAAAAAAAAAGGUUAUAGGUACAAGCUUUGAGUAAAAAAAACAGAAAUUUUUAUGGUCUAAAGAUUUCAUCUACCAUACUGAAACAACAUUUUGACACAUUGGCGAUUACUUAGCCGACAAUGAACACUUCCGGAAACAAUAGCCCAAACAAGGGAUAACAAAUCUCUAAGUAAUAGAGACAAGAAGAUAAAACAAAUAAUACACAAACAAAUUAUCCAAAAAAAUCAUCGGAAUAACCAAAAAAGAGCAACAAAGGCGGACAAGCAAAGCUCUUAAGACACAUUCCAAUGGCCUUCAUCCGAAGACAAAGAAGAGCCAAUAUAUGGGAUAAAAUGCGAGAAAUACGCUCAAGAUCACUGAAUAGUUUGAAGAUAGACCCAAGAACCAAAAUCAACUCCUAAAACACCUACUUUCCAACCUGAAUAAUUUAAUUCAAGACAAAAGGCAAUAGUAUAACUAUGAAUAUUUUUUUCACAUUCACUGACUAGUCUUGUUACCAUUAAUUAAGCUAUUAUGGUUGCAGAAAGAUUGCGAUACAAUCGUAGAAGAGGUAAAUAACACUGGUAAGUUUUGUUAAGGAACAAAAUACAAUAGUUGUUAUGCUUAUGCGUAUGAAACCGAACAUACAUUUGAUAUUUACUAAACCUGAAACAAAUACAAUUAGUUUGAUUUAGUCUCUUAAAUAUUGCAACUAAAAUUCUCUACUUCUCUCGCAUCGAGACCGAAAAGACCAUGUAAUAACUACUUUACUGUUCAGUCAAAUUGCGAUCAAGAAUCAUUAUUACCGUUUAACGCGUUUUUCUGUUUUGUAUUUUUUGUAAAAUCUAAAAAAGCGAAGGAAAAAGUCAAUAAAGAUUCUCUUUAAUGGAAAAAAAAAGGAUCAGACAUUUUUGUCUCAGGCCCUUGUGACUAGUCUAAAAACACCCACUAAUCAUAAAUAAAACCAGUGCAAAUCAAAUCUAUCCUAUAUUUUAUUUAUAACGAUGACAACAUACAAUAUAAACUCAUCAUAACUCAUAUAUAACUCUCUCACUCACUCUACAACUGAUUCAUUGAAGAAGAUGGAGAGACCAAAUUAUCUGCUUAGUUGUGUUCACCAAAACCAGUGUGGUAUAAAGACAAUAGAAGAGUUAAGACAUUCACUUCUCCACACAAGAGUGGAGUUGGAGCAAACAAUAAGGGUAGCCCAAGAAGAACUCAAUGCCAAAGACAACCACAUAAUGCAGCUCAAAGAUCUCCUCAACAAAACUAUUAAAGAGAAAGAUGAAGCACAAAAGAGAUACAAGAAGCUUCUUCUUGACAAAAACAUCAUCCUUCAACACCAGACUGUAGAUGAACAAGACCCACACCUCAGUGGGCUUCUUUCAUCCGACGGUGAGGAAAGCGUUGUCUCAUGUUUUGAACCACCGAUGCAACUCGAGUUAGAUUUUCCAGACAUGACAUUACCGGAGAAAGGGAAGCUUUUAAAUGCGGUUUUGAAGGCAGGGCCUCUGCUUCAGACUCUGCUUUUGGCUGGACAGCUUCCACAAUGGCGUUAUCCACCACCGCAGCUAGAGUCAUUCGAAAUUCCACCAGUGAUUAUUCCUGAAGCAACGCCAUUGUCACCAAAUAGCUGUGGGAGUAAUCUUAACCGGAAGAGGGUUCACUGCGAUGAUUCUAGUUCCAAAAGAGAGACCAAGUACCAAAGACUUCUCUUUCCUUGAUUGUUGAUGUAAUCAUAUUUUCAUUCAAGCAUCAAGUAUGUUUAUGAAGAGUUCAUUUUUCUUUGUUUCUUUCCACUGCAAAAAAAAAAGCAUUGGAGCUUGAAUCCUUUUUCUCCCAUGUGGAGGUUGUUGUAGUGGGUUCAUGGACUGACCCGGUCCGGUUUAGAACAGGCCGGCCGCUAGAGCUUGAA